AUGAACAAAUCUUUACAUGCUAAGUGGAUAUGGAGGUAUGACAAUGAAGAGAAGGCUUUAUGGAGGAAAGUGGUUCAUCACAAAUUUGGUGGUAAUCAAAAAGCUUUCUUUCCAAAUCAAUCCAACAACUCAGUUGGUAAAAGUCCGCAGUCUGGUAUCUUGAAGAGUAGUUAUGCUGUAAAAUCCAAUUCCACUAUUCAGGUCAAUAGUGGUGAUAGGAAUUUGAAAGAAUCUGAAGUGGAGGAUGUUGCACUCUUGCUGAACCUGUUACCAGCUAUCAAUAUUAAUAGUAGUACAGAUCAAAGAGUAUGGAUUGCAUGUAAUCAUGGUUUCUCCGUGGCUGAAUGUUAUAAAGCUCCGGAAGAUGAAGGUAUCAUUAUGUUUCCUUAUAAGUCUCUGUGGAAUCCAAAAAUCCCACAUAAGGUAAUCUUCUUCGUAUGCACGUUGUGUUAUAAUGCUGCACCUACAUUUGAUUGUUAUAAGAAUUCUGAUGUAGUAAAUGGUUGCUUGCUUUGCAAAAGAGCUGCUGAAACAAAUCAAGACAUUUUUCUUCACUGUGAUACAACAAGAUCAGUGUGGCAUUAUUUCUUGAAGUAUUAUAAACUGCAAUGGGUAUUUCAAGACUGUGUGAAGAAUACUAUUUGGGAAUGGAGAAAGAAGAAAGGUACUACAAGGGCUAUAAGGAAAAGAAUCUGGGAUAUAUAUCCAUUUGCAAUUUGGUAG